AUGGCUUCUUGCCACAGGACUGGCCGCAGCAGCAGGAGCCUCUACAGUCUUGGAGGGAAUCAGCAUACUUCCUUCAAUGUGGCAGGUGGCAGUGCUCGGGGCACAGGGCACAGCUUUGGGCAUGGGUAUGGUGGGGGUCGAGCGAGUGGCUUUGCCAACAGCAUGUUUGGCAGAAUGGCCCUGGGGGCCACUUGUCCAUCUGGGGGCAUCUACCAGGUCACAGUCAACAAGAGCCUCCUGGCUCCCUUGAAUGUGGAGCUGGACCCUGAGAUCCAGAAAGUGCGCGCACAGGAGCGGGAGCAGAUCAAGGCUCUGAACAAGUUCGCCUCCUUCAUUGACAAGGUGCGCUUCCUGGAGCAGCAGAACCAGGUGCUGCAGACCAAGUGGGAGCUGCUGCAGCAGCUGGACCUGAGCAACUGCAGGAGGAGCCUGGAGCCUGUUUAUGAAGCCCACAUCAGCAACCUUCACAAACAGCUAGAGACGCUGUCUGGGGAAAGGGUACGGCUAGACUCAGACCUGAGGAAGAUGAGGGAUGUGGUGGAGGACUACAAGAAACGAUACGAGGUUGAGAUUACCCAACGGACAGCUGCAGAGAACGAGUUUGUGCUGCUUAAGAAGGAUGCAGAUGCAGCCUACACAGUCAAGGUGGAACUUCAAGCCAAGGUGGACUCUCUGGACAAAGACAUCACAUUUCUCAAGUGUCUGUACGAUGAGGAGAUUGCCCAGCUCCAGACUCAUGCUAGUGAGACCUCUGUCAUCCUGUCCAUGGACAACAAUCAAGAUCUGGACCUGGCCGGUAUCAUUGCUGAAGUCCGUGCCCACUAUGAGGACAUCACGAUCAAGAGCAAGGCUGAAGCUGAGAUCUUGUACCAAACCAAGAUCCAGGAGCUGCAGCUGGCGGCUGGCUGCCAUGGAGACAGCCUGAAACACAUCAGGAGUGAGAUGUUAGAGCUGGACUGGCUUAUCCAGAGGAUCCGCUGUGACAUCGCUAACGUGAAGAAGCAGUGUUCCAAUCUGGAGAUGGCCAUCGCUGAUGCUGAGCAGAGAGGGGACAGUGCCCUCAAGGAUGCCUGGGCCAAGCUGGAUGAGCUGGAGGGUGCCCUGCAGCAGGCCAAGGAGGAGCUGGCUCGGAUGCUGUGUGAAUACCAGGAGCUCAUGGGCCUGAAGCUGUCACUGGAUGUGGAGAUCGCUACCUACAGGAAGCUGCUGGAGGGCGAGGAGAGCAGGAUGUCUGGUGAGAACCCAUCCUCUGUGAGUGUCUCUGUCAUCAGCAGCAGUUGUGGGUCCUGUGGUUAUCGUCCAAGCUCCAUGAUCUCUGACUCUGAGGCUGGCAAUGCAGUUGGUAGCCCCAGCACCCCUCGAAACAGCCAGUCCAAGACUAGAGGAUCAAGUGUAGACCCCAAGGAUGCUCAGGAAGAGAGCACUGCUGCUGCUGGUACCCUGGCCAGGAAGACCACUUGA